ACAGGAAAGGGAGGAGGGGGAGAGAGGCUCUGGGUUGCUGCUGCUUCUGCUGCUGCCGCUGCUGCUGCUGCUGUGUGGCUGUUUCUGUACACUCACUGGCAGGCUUGGUGCCGGCUCCCUCGCCCGCCCGCCCGCCAGCCUGGGAAAGUGGGUUACAGAGCGAAGGAGCUCAGCUCAGACACUGGCAGAGGAACAUCCAGCCACAGACAGACCAAACAAGAACCCCUUCCUUUGGCUUCCUCUUCAGCUCUUCCAGAGGGCUUGCUAUUUGCACUCACUCUUUUGAAAUUGUGUUGCUUUUACUUUUCACCCUUCUGCUUGGGUUUUAUGAGGGCUUUGUUAAGUCUUAGAGGGAAAAGAGACUGAGCGAGGGAAAGAGAGAGGCAAAGUGGAAAGGACCAUAAACUGGCAAAGCCCGCUCUGUGCUCGCUGUGGAUGAAAGCCCCGUGUUGGUGAAGCCUCUCCUCGCGAGCAGCGCGCACCCCUCCAGAGCACCCCGCGGACCCGCACCUCGGCGUGGCCACCAUGGUCGGGAGAGUUCAGCCGGAUCGGAAACAGUUGCCGCUGGUCCUACUGAGAUUGCUCUGCCUUCUUCCCACAGGACUGCCUGUUCGCAGCGUGGAUUUUAACCGAGGCACGGACAACAUCACCGUGAGGCAGGGGGACACAGCCAUCCUCAGGUGCGUUGUAGAAGACAAGAACUCAAAGGUGGCCUGGUUGAACCGUUCUGGCAUCAUUUUUGCUGGACAUGACAAGUGGUCUCUGGACCCACGGGUUGAGCUGGAGAAACGCCAUUCUCUGGAAUACAGCCUCCGAAUCCAGAAGGUGGAUGUCUAUGAUGAGGGUUCCUACACUUGCUCAGUUCAGACACAGCAUGAGCCCAAGACCUCCCAAGUUUACUUGAUCGUACAAGUGCCACCAAAGAUCUCCAACAUCUCCUCGGAUGUCACUGUGAAUGAGGGCAGCAACGUGACUCUGGUCUGCAUGGCCAAUGGCCGUCCUGAACCUGUUAUCACCUGGAGACACCUUACACCAACUGGAAGGGAAUUUGAAGGAGAAGAAGAAUAUCUGGAGAUCCUCGGCAUCACCAGGGAGCAGUCCGGCAAAUAUGAGUGCAAAGCUGCCAACGAGGUCUCCUCGGCGGAUGUCAAACAAGUCAAGGUCACUGUGAACUAUCCUCCCACUAUCACAGAAUCCAAGAGCAAUGAAGCCACCACAGGACGACAAGCUUCACUCAAAUGUGAGGCCUCGGCAGUGCCUGCACCUGACUUUGAGUGGUACCGGGAUGACACUAGGAUAAAUAGUGCCAAUGGCCUUGAGAUUAAGAGCACGGAGGGCCAGUCUUCCCUGACGGUGACCAACGUCACUGAGGAGCACUAUGGCAACUACACCUGCGUGGCUGCCAACAAGCUGGGGGUCACCAAUGCCAGCCUAGUCCUUUUCAAACGUGUUUUACCCACAAUCCCCCACCCCAUUCAAGAAAUUGGUACCACCGUGCACUUCAAGCAAAAAGGACCUGGGUCGGUGAGAGGAAUAAAUGGAUCCAUCAGUCUGGCCGUACCACUGUGGCUGCUGGCAGCAUCUCUGCUCUGCCUUCUCAGCAAAUGUUAAUAGAAUAAAAAUUUAAAAAUAAUUUAAAAAACACACAAAAAUGCGUCACACAGAAUACAGAGAGAGAGAGAGAGACAGAGAGAGAGAGAGAGAGAGAUGGGGGAGACCGUUUAUUUCACAACUUUGUGUGUUUAUACAUGAAGGGGGAAAUAAGAAAAUGAAGAAGAAAAUACAACAUUUAAAACAAUUUUACAGUCCAUCAUUAAAAAUUUAUGUAUCAUUCAGGAUGGAGAAGGUUCUGCUGGGAUAUGUUUAUAUCUACUAAGCAAAUGUAUGCUGUGUAAAGACUACAUCACACUAAGGACAUCCAGAUGCUAUAAAAAUAAGAGAAGAACCAGAUGGAUAUUAAGCCCCCAACACACACUUUAUCCUUCCUUCCUUCAUCUUUUUUCAUCUGUGGGGAAAAAAAUAAGGUCUUGCCUUUGGUGUUUAUAUUUCCAUAACCUUUUAAUUCUAUUUUUCAUUUGAGCUGACUUGUAGCCACUUCAGACUAUCAAUGGAAUCUUACGUUGAGCCUUUCUCUGGCUUUCCUUCCUCCACUAUCUCUCCAACUUUAGAGAUCAUCCCCUCUCCCUCCAGUGCGUUCUAUCUCCCCCACACCCAACCUAGAUACUCCCUUUUUACCCACCUUUCCUCCCUCACCUCUCCUCACCCCCACCCCCUCCCCAGAGCACUAGUCAUGCCGCAAAUGCUAGGAAGUGCCAUUUUAAUUUUCUCCGCUGUGCGUGUGUGCUCAAGUCUUUCGCUCUCAUGUGGGUGUACAUGUGUGUGAGCGUGUGUGUGUCUCUCUCUAAAGCAUGCCAAGGGAAUGGUCCAUGUGUACAUAGACUCAUUGUGCUGUAGAUACUGUCCUGCAUUGUAAUUGUGAGAUGCGGCUGUAACAAGUUGCUGGGGGAGAUGGCGGGGAAAGAGGCAAGGAGCAGAGUCCUCCCCCCGUCCAUGGCUGUCACAUGGCAUCAGUGUGUAUUCAAACCAAGCUGUGCCCCUUCCAAGGGCAGGACCCCAUAUUCCUCCUAGUCCCAUCAUCAGAACCGAGUGGGGAGUCACUCAGAAUAUCACUGUAAAUGAAAGUGCCUACUAUCGAUGGGGUAAGCAAACAGUAUAAGGAAUUAUGACGUGGAUGAGGUGACCUAGGAGAGAAAAUUUCAGAUUUUACUCUCAUUUCAUGAGUCAGAGGGAUUCAUAUAUUUCUGGCAUUUAACAGGGUGGGCCCUGCUCCACUGUGAAAAUGAGCAGCAUGUGUUGAGUAAAUCCCCAGAAACAGGAAGGUCUCCAAGUGUCAACUCCCAGUGGAAGAAUGAUGAACCACUUGGAGAUCCUAAGCAGCCCUGUUUUACCUCCUCCCUAAUCUUCAAAUAACAUUUGUCCCAUGAAUUCCCCUGAGCAGAGAUUGUUUCCUAUUUCAGAUAAAAUACAGUGAAAGUGAGCAAGGCAGAAAAAGUCAACAGAUGCCCAGGCUCCUACCGUAUUCUGGAGAUACUGUCAGAGCUCUAAUACAGAGCAUUGGCCAUAAUGAAAAGCAGUUCACUCCUUGUGCUCCUCUGCAGAUGUUUUUCCCAGUGUUCUAGGUUAAUGUUUUAUUUGGUUGCCUGCAUAAUCCCUGUUCUGUUUCACUGAUGGUGUUUGCAGCACCACUGUUCAUGGUGGUCCACUGUUAUCCUAUGCCAGGGUGCUAAGAAUUGCAUGAUAUUCAUCUUCCCUGCUCCAUUUAAAUUUACAUCUAUAAGAGUCAUCUUGACAUUAACACUGAAAUGUGAUCUAGGUCCUUAACCAAAAUUGCUGGGCAACUUGUAAUAAAUUUAGACAGAAAAUUUAUGAGUACCACAAAGCUUGGUGUUACCACAUCGCCAGAAGGAUUUCUUAGGAAAUGUCUUGCAGAGAGAGCUGGCUCUCUGCAUGUAGAUAUCUUUGUCAGAAAACCAACCCUUGCUCUCAUUUACACAGUAGUAAGCAUUGAAAGUGGUUCAGUUCAUGAGAGGACAGAGAAUUAUUUUGAGAUUAUAUUUGAAUGUAAUCUUGCAGAGCCAAAUAUGGUACGUCAUUAAGUUGGAACCUUGUAAAUAGCUGUUCCAUGAUAUAAAAUAAGAAACUUUGUAACUGGAAAAAAAGAAAGGAAAGAAGGAGGGAAGGAAGGAAGGAAGGAAGGAGAAAGGAAAGGAAAGGAAGGAAGGAGGGAGAAAGAUCUAAGUAGCAUUGUUAAUUUCUUCUAAGUGAUUAUAUUGUUUGUUUUAGAAGCUUAUCACAGCCUUCUUUCAUGAUUUUGCAGUUUAGACUUGAAACAAGGGAAAAUUCAGCUUGGGGAUGGUUAAGAGUGUUUAUAGCAGAUUCUGACAUAGGGGAGAAAACAAAUUCUCAUCCAAGAAGGUAGCUAGUAAAAUAUAGGGAAGGUGAGCCAUAUUCCUAUGCAGCAUCAGUUUAUUGACAAUCAGGUAUUUCUCUUAACAGUUUGGUCUUCUUAACUCAAGAAUAAAGGGUAUCAUCUUUAAUAAUAAGCAUUCCCCCAAAAUUGAAGAGGCAGUCACACACUUAAGUGUGUGGCUUUAGAAAAGUGCAUGCUAAUUUAAAGAUAUACAGGAAGAGAAAAGUAGAAGGAGUUAAGUUGGAUGUUGUUAGAAGUUGGAUGUUAGUAUUAGCUUCAGGAACAGAUCCCCAUGGCAUGUCACAGGCCUUAAUUAUAUACCUGGCUUUCUUAUUGUCUCCACUUUAUCAUGAGGACAAGGUCUUAGUUUCAUGGGAGGAACUUCUCCAUUGAAAUAAAUGUCUGCCAUGUCAGCACCAUUUGUUCCCUUGGUUUUAAUAUAAUGGACCAUAUAUUAAACAUAAUUAAACAUAUGUUUAAAUGUGGUGUUUGCCUAUGUCUCUAGCAGGAUCUGGGAAUUGUAAAAAUUUGCUUCUGGCUCCUGUUUCAGAGAAAACAUUGUCCCCAGAAAUCUCAUAGGAUUGAAAGUGUUCCCUAAGCAGUGUGAACAAUGGAGGAAAAUAUAGUUUAGAGAAAGCUCAGGGAAAGGUAGGGCCAGAGGACUGACACCAAGAAAUCAUUGAAUCUCAACAUAAGACUUCUUGGAAUUUAGUUAAUCAUAUUGGAAUAAAUUCCUUCAAGAAUCUUGUCCCUUGGUAAUCAAAGUUUGAAACCCUGCACUGAAAAGCACCAACUGGUUGGAAAUAAUAUACUGAGAGGAGUGAAAUUCAUCAAUUAAUCUGAGUGGCUAAUAUAUUUAAUAUCCUUUGUAUACAAAGUAAAACUCCACCAUUCGUAAAACGAAAUCCUUAGACCCAACUUUCAGUUAACAAAAACAGAAAUGACUUUGACCCAGGGUGCUUCCUGAAGAAUGAGAACUAUCCAGGGCUUUACAACUGCAGAAUUGUAAUUAUGCUCUGUGCAAUUGUUGAGCAAAGGUUUUGUCUUGUUGGAUAAAAAGUCUUGCUUGUUUUGAGACAUGAAAUCCCCAUGUCUUAAAAGAACUAAGGCUUAUAGAAAAGCAGAUGGGUUUUCUUUCAGGAAGGACUGCCCCAUUGACCUUUGCCUUCUCUUCCAAGUCAGACAGACUUCUCGCUUGCCAUGGGCAUUUUUUUACUACAUAGUCAGACUACUGGGGCUACUCAUAGAGACCUUGUAAAAGUACUCGUGAUUUUCACGUUCUUGGAGGACCAAACAAAAAUCUGUUUCUCCUCCAAAAAUGGACUUACCUCCUUUGCACACAAAAGCUAAACUCCUCAGCAUGAAAUUGUUUGAGUUAUUACUUUACCAAGUUGUGAGCUUCUUGAAUCCUCCAGAGUCGCAGAUUCCAUCCCUGAGUUGGUUGUGGUUUCACUGUUUCUAUUGGCUAUUCUCCCUGAAUUUUUCAUUUUGUUCUUUGCAGGGCUCGAAUUAUUUGUGGAAAACAAUAAUAUAUAUGUGUGUGUAUUUUUUAUCUUUAUAGAUGCUAUAUUUACAAUAAUGUAUGUAUUAUAAGACAAAUUAAGAAUAAUGUUUUGAACUUAAAAGGAAGAAAAGUACUGAAUUUGGUUGUUUAGAAAAAAAAUCUAUGCUCAUGUAGAAAGACAUAGAGCCCCACUUUUUCCAUUUUGUAAUUAUUUACCAAAAACAAAUUUGCUUAUAGACUAUGUUUAAUGGGAUUAACCAUGUCCUCAUUUUUCUUUUUAUCCUCAUAAACUUUUAGCCUGCAUUUAGUCUUGGUUACCGAUAUCAUUUUUUAAGAGAAAUGUAAGUACAAUGCUAUAUCUGACCUACAUAAACUAUUAAUAUUUUGAAGACAAAUGUGAAACAUACCACAAAUAUGGUGAGAUAAGACCCUGAAUUAAGAAACAAAAAUGCAGUUUAAGAAGCCUCCUCCUUGCUUAAAUGUUUAGAAUAUUUCUUCUCCAAAGACUGCAUUUGCCUCAGUGAUGUAAAUUUUCCGUCAUGGUUGGCAUAAUAUCUGUAAACAUCUCACUAAAUGCAAAAUGGAGUUUACAUUUAUGUGCAUACUAGCAGAAAAGAAGUAAACUAUUCUCAUUUGCAUGUAGCUAUGCUGUUCAAAUGUCGCCAACCAAAACUUAGGAAAGAAUUUGUUUUCACCUAGAAUGUACAUCUCACUUUUCUCUUGGCAAGGAAGCUGGUGUUAACAUUGGGUUUAGGUUUAACAUUUACACCAGCGAAAAUGUUUAUGAAUAUUAUGGAAAACUUAUUUUAAACCUUGAUUUCUUUUGAGCACAUUUACAUGCUGCGUGCUGAUUAAUAAAUUAGGCACCAAUCAUGUGUAAAUCAAUGUAAAUCACUAGUUUAUGUACAUAAUAUAAACUAUGUAAACUUCAUUUUUCAUGCAGUGCCCAACUACUGCUAAACCUAUGAUUCUUAAGGAAAAAAAAAAAUCAAAUAAAAAUAAAUAAAAACCAAAACGUUUCACAGUUCAGAAUGGGAAGAAUUACGACUAAAGCUCCAAAUACAAGGUUGCCUUAGCCAAAGGAAGCAGACCCACAGGAACAGUUCAAGGUUUAUAUCCUGCUCAAGUCACCUCUUUGGUCUUUCAGGAUCUAAGUGGAGAUUGUCCCAACUGUUGCUGUAGUUGUCUCACCUGACCCCAAAGCAAGGGAAAGAGAGAGGGAAAGGUUUUAAGGGCUACAUGUCUGCUGUAUCCACUCCCAGCUAUCUUCUUUUUACUCAUUUCUCACCAUCUAAGAUGUCUUAUUUAAAUAGCUCCAAGGAAGUGACCUAAACCUUGAUGAGCAAAAUAUUACUCAGUUUUUAUUUUCCAUUCAACAAAAGCAGUGGGAAAGCUUGCCAUCUGGAUUCUAAGAAAUUGUGCAAUAUAAAAAAUGUUAUAUCCUUGAGAAAUGUCUUGCUGAGUCACCCUAGAAAUAACUACCUUUUCUUUAUCUGGUAGCCUAAUGUUUCCAUACAUUUAUCCUGAAUAUUGCAAGUGAGGGACUGAAUCAUUUUUAACUGGGAGUUAUCUUUCUCAGGCAUGUUCUCUUGGAGUCUUUUUGAAGUGCCUGACGCAUGUAACAGGAUGACAUAUAUAUCAUUCCUACAAUAUGAACAACUGUUACAUAAAAAAUUAUCAAGGAGAUGAUUUCAGGAAACAAGUGAGCUUUCUGCAAAGACUUAUAAAAAUUUUAGAUCAAAUUAACUUCAGGCUUUAAAUGCACUAAUCUACCUAAGAAAAAAAAAAAAAAAAAAAACAACAGGAAGGAGUUUUAAGGGCUCAUGUGCCUGUUGUAUCAACUUCCAAGUGUCUUCUUGGUACUGCUUCCUCAUCAUCUAAGACAAACUGACAACUUUAAAGUGAGGUAGAAGGUGUAUUGAAUUGGGAGUCAGGAGAAUUGGGUUCUAACCCCAAGUUCGGCCACAAAUAAAGCUGUGAGACAUUGGCAAGUCAUUUAACCUUUCUGAGUCUUGGUUUUCUCAUCCUGAAAGUGAGGGAAUCGGUUGACAUCUCUAAAAUCUCUUUCAACUCUAACCUUUAUUCUAAAUAAAAAUUUAAUAUUCACUUAGCGCUGUGCCCAGCACUGUUUGUAAACAGCAGCUGUUUGUUAUCUCUAGUUUGGUCUCUGUAUUCUCAUCACUUCUCAGAACUAUCAUUCUACCGUCUUCAUUUCUAAACCCAAAACUGCUAGAAUACAGGGACUCUGGACUCGGUCUGUAAAUUUCUUCUGAUCAAAACUUUAUAGCAGUGUAGAGAAGGGACACAUUCAAAUUACACUAAGGACAUUGACAUAGCUGGGGUUGUUUCCUUGUUUAUAAUAUAAAACCUAAAUGUGGAACUAUAUUCUAAUAAUCUUUCAUAGGAAGGAAAAUAGCCAGACUGGGUAUUAUGCAUGUAACAAAUGAGGACAUUGUGCAUAAGAAAGGAAACAUUAGUUUUCUCUCAUCCUGGGCCAAGUAUCUCAUUACAGUAAAUGUGUGUCCUUGGAAACUUUUUGCUUGUGCUGAUGGCGGUAAGCAUGGGGUCCCAGGCAGGUUCAAAGGCUGAUCUGUAAGAAAUGGGCAAGACAAUACAUUUUGUUUUGGAAGGAAUUUCUCAUGGGAUAAGUUUCCUAAAGCUUGAAUUAUAGGCUAUGAAAUACAGCAAAUAGAUGGAGAGAAAACAAGUAUUGUUUUCAAAAAGUACAAGUCAAUUCUAUUUAAAGAAGACAAGCUGAAAAUAAAACAAAAAUAAACACAAUUUAAGAGGUUACAGAGUUGAAGACAGUAUGAAUUGUUGUGAAGGCCAAAAUCAAAUGUGAAAAUUAGAUUCUCUGAGAAGAGGGUAAGCAGAAAGGAUGAUUUCUCAAGCAAUUAAUAAGGAAUUAUUUUCUUGUGCCAUGUUCUGGAUGCAUUGAGCACAGAUCCUCUUGUCCUAAGAUGUCCUAGAAGCUCAGGUUAGCAUCUAUCCAAAGUUGUCCUUUGAUUUUAUUGUCUGAAAGAACAGAAGGCAUCGGAGGUUCCAGUCACUGAAGAGUAGGGUUUGUUCAUCACUUCCCAGCAAUCACAUCACUUUGUGUAGGUAAGGAUAUAUGAUGUGCUUAGAUUACUUAUGAAGCUCUCUCUAAGUGGGAGAAUGACCUGUCCAUGGGACAACUCCCCGUUUUCAUGGUCAUUUCAGAAGUACCUCUUUUUGGGCAGUGCUCCUGGAUCUACAUCUACAGCCACAUUCUUCUCUGCACAAGCCCUCUCUAUGUAAAGCCAGGCACAAGUACAAAUAUGCUUCUUGCAAGUGAAGAAAACCCAUGGAAGUCCUAGCUUCAUGGCACGCUGCAGCAAUCCCAAGCUACCAGGAGCCUCUUUUGAACCCACUUCCCUAAGUCUUUGCUCUUCACCAGAGAAUGGAAAUUGUUCGUCCUGGUGAACUGUGGCCAAGUUCUGCUCCCUAAGUAUUUACUUGGAGUGGGGAGGUUAAAGGGAAGAAAUUCAGGGGGAGAGAAGCAAAGGAGAACACUUCCAACUCCCUCCCCCAUCUCCCAAUGCUCCCACCUUCCUUAUCACUGCUCUACUGAAGGGUGUGUAAAUCCUGCUCUUGGUUAGAAUUCUCCUUAUUAACAGUGUUAUAUACAUAUAAAUAUAUAUAUAAAUAUAUUCCUUUUUUCAGCCCUGUAGACAUGAACUGAUCUUCCCUUGAAGAUACAAACACAUGGCCAUUUUUUGUUUGGGAUUUUUUGUUAUUCGAGGUUUUUCAUUUUUGUUUAUUGGGUGGAUUUUUUUCCCUGGGUACUAGCUCUGUGAAGGAAAUAAAAAGCGCAAUGUGUGUAAAAAAAAAAAAAAAAAAAAAAAAUUAAAAUGAAAAAAAGCUUUUUUUCUUUUCUUUUUAAAUGUAUUUAAAUUCUGUUUCUCUCUUCUGUUACUUUACACGUAUGAAUGCUCUGCUCUUCUGUGAUCUUAAAACAAAUGAAAUAAAUGUGAAAAGGAGAUGUGUCUUCAUUGACCUGAGUCAGUGA